GGCCAACUAUACACACACCUGUCAUGCACAAAAUCAUUUUCUGAAUGGUGAAUUCAUCAAGAUUUGAAUAAUUGUGACAAUUAACAAAUAUUUUUUAAUAUAAUUUAAAGCACUUUGCUCAGCAAUAGUAUCCUACAGCCAAGUUUGAUAUUAGUAGGCCUAAAAACAACUGGGGGAAAAAACAUGGAAAUCGGUAUAAGGAAAUGUAUUUCCUGUUUCACAAUGCUACUGUAUGAAUCAUGAAUGAUGCAUGGACUGUCCUCCUUCAUCAAAACCACAGCUGCAUCCCACACUGCUAAUGACUGUGGCAGGUUAUGUUGUGUAGACAUACUGUAUAGCAUCUAUGAUUCUCUUUCUAUGCUGUGUACACAGAACACACAGGGUUUGUCCCACAUUACACCCUAUUCCCUUUAUAGUACACUACUUUUGACCAGAGCUCUAGCACUAUAAACGGAAUAGGGUGCCACUUGGUCCGCUCCACUGUGCGAGUUGGUCUUACCUGCGUUAGUUCUGACUGAGCAUGCCGGUGCUGUUACUGUUAUCACCAUUCACCACUACACAACACGUCAUUCAUUCACCAAGGCCGCCCAGUAACCUUGCUGAGUGAUCAUAUUACAUGUUUUGCCCUUUACGGUUAUGCAGAAACCUUUUCAGUUUGCAUGCAGAAUUUGCAUGUUGAUAUAUGCUGUCAUUAUUGGCAUUUGCUUGCGAUAGUCGUCUUUACAGUUUCACCAUUUCGAAGUAGUCAACUGGGUGGGACUUUCUAUCGGUUAAGGAGGCAUCACAUAAUUCCAUCCAGGUCAUCAGUAGGACUCAGCCAAUGAAUUAUGCUCCAAUUGGCUCAUUCAUCCCCCCUGUAACUAUUUCCCAGGUCGUUGCUGUAAAUGAGAAUGUGUUCUCUCUCAAUUUACCUGGUAAAAUAAGGGUAAAACAAAUACGUAAAAUGAGCAAGCAUUACAUAACUGCAGGUGGCAGUAAAUCGCCAACCUUGGCCUAAUACCUGUUCAAGCAACACACUCCAGGUGGCAGUAUGCACCCUUUCAGUUUGUUUACCAACUCAUAGAAGUAAGAAAAUAAGAAAAUUGACUACUUCAAAAUGGAGCUGGCCUCAAUGGCGCUGCCCAAUUUCUCACAGACUCCAUAAUGGGAAAGAUACAAUGUUGUGUCCUCUACCUCCCGUGUAGACCUGAAUAGAAGUAGUCCAGAGACAUGCUGGUUAAAGGGGUGUUUAUCUACUAUGGGUAGCCUCUGAAGUAUGAGAAUCACAAGAACUCCAGAUUGUAACAUUGGACAUCAGGAGUUGUGUUCAGAAGGCAUGAAAUGGGAGUAAAACUUGUGAAAGAGGCACUAGCCUAUGUUACUUAGUGUACACUUUGAAUACUUUUUUUUCUCUUGUUUGUGUUCUUCAAACACAACCAGUGAAGUGGACAUCAUCCAUCGUUCAGUUCAUUUUUCAUAAUCUAUUGGUCUGCUUGAUCUGGUUAUUUUCACUUCCUUUCCUGCAUGCCUAAAAGCAUUCUGGGAUUGGUCUGUUGAAUUCUCUCUUAGCUCUGUUAAACUGAAAGUUGCUUUGUAAGUAAAAUUUACAAAGAUACUAAAAUUAUAAGAUAUUUAAAAGACAUAUAAUCUAUAUGGAUCAAUCUGUCUCUCUAAAUUCCUCUCUGUGUAACUAACCCUCUAGCCUGUCCCUGUCACUCUCUUUCUCUGCUUCGGAUCAAAGAUGAUGCCUCAGAGGAACCCCUUGUGUUCAGCAAUGGACCAGUCCGAUCCUGAUCUCCCUUCCAGACGCUGCCAGGUGGACUGUACCACUGAGUUGGCAGUGGAGGGAGGUCAGAGGAACGGGGGUGGUGCCGCUUCGUCCUCCCCAGAGAGUAGCAGCGUGAACGGAGACGGCAAUGGGAAACGCAGUGGGAAGAGGCGUCGCCGUCGUAAACGCUCCGCUCAACCCGAUAACCGCCCGGCUCCUGUUGCCAUGGUGACUCAGCUGCCACCACCACCACCUGGCCAGGAGAAAGGGGAGGAGCCCCAGCUUUGCCAGGGGGGCAGUAGCCGUACCUCUCCCGACCCUGCUCCUGACUCCCCCGGCGCGGUCCUGCUCGGCCUGCGGUCUGAGUGUGGUUCAGUGUGGUUUGACCGCAGUGUAUAUGAGCAGGCUGAGAGUCUGUAUCAGUGCUGGUUGGCACACUCUGCCAACGGGGUGAUGACACGGCCCAGCGGCUCACCCCCAACCCUGACUACUGACAACCACCCCACCUCCCCUCAACCCUCACUAUCACCCCAAGCCCCGAACCACCCCAGCAACCUUCCACCCAUAGUCGCCAAAGAGCAUUGCAUUGUUGCAGAGCCCCUGCAGCCAGCAGCCCCAGAUUUCCUAGCCCUCCCUGCCAACAGCCCCAGCACACCAGCCACGCCAGACGAGGGGUACCUGUCCCUGGCCCAGACCCCCCAGGCAGCCUCCACAUCCCCACUGACCCCGGCCCCUGGCCAGCCAGUGAAUGGGCUCCCCUGUCUCCCCAUGGAGCUGCUGAGGGACGUGUGGCUGGAGAAACCUCUCUACGACCGGGCCGAGGCAGCCUUCUACCAGAGCCUCUAUGGAAACAACCGCUCUCCCACCGGCAACAACCUGGGUGGUGGAGCUUCCACCUCACGUACCAACCCCAACACUCUCUCAACCUCCAGAGGUAGUGGAGACCACCCACAGAGUCUUGUUGAAGAAGAGGAGGAGGAGCAGGAAGAGGAAGUGGUAGAAAAAGAAGCCGUGGUCUCACAGGGGAAGCUCGAAGUCUUCCACGCUCUGCGCACCAUUCAGGAGGAGGAGGAGCCUGCUGAUGUCACAGAGGAGGAAGGUGUGGCCAUGUCGAUGGGAGGAGUCUGUUACUUCCUGCAUCCAGACAGCGAGAGGGUUUGGCUGGACCAGAGACGCUACGAGGCUGCAGAGAGACGUUUCUACAGUUACCGCCAGAUUGUACCUGCUGAGUCAACAGUAGCAGACAGAGAGGAGGGGGCUCGUGGGCAAGAAGAUGCUGUGGUGUCGGCAACAUUGUUACCACAACCGCCAUCGGUCGCCUGCACCGGCCCUCUGAGGGACAACACCAUGAGUUCAGCAGUAGACUACUUUGUCCAGGAAAAGAUCUGGUUUGAUAAGCCUCGCUAUGAUGAUGCGGAGAGACACUUCUACGAACGCAUUAACAGCACCUCACACCCAGCACAGGAGCUGGGAGCCAACACCAUCCUGCAGGACAUAGCCCGGGCCAGAGAGAACAUCCAGAAGUCCCUGGCAGGACUGAAGAAUUCGCUGUUACCUAGCAGAGGCUUUGAUCAACCCCAGAACCCCCAUCCCAGUGCAGCUAAUGGGGCAGGAGAUCAAGGCGAACUCAUCACACGGAUUAAGAGUCUGGAGCUAGAGAACCACAGUCUGAACCAAGUGGUGGAGGACCUGCGGUUAGCUCUGUCUAAAUUGGAGUGUCGGGUAGCGGUGCUGGAGAAAUCACCGUCACCAGCUGCAGCCCCAGUCUCUGCAGCCCCCUGUACAAACGGAACCUCUGUCCAGCAGCAGAAGACCAGCCCUCCAGUGGAGGAUGAAGAUGAUGAUAUGGACUUGUUCGGCAGCGAUGAAGAGGAGGAUGCGGAGGCUGAGCGAAUCAAAGAGCAGAGGCUGAACGAGUAUGCAGAGAAGAAGGCAAAGAAACCCACCCUCAUCGCAAAGUCCUCCAUCCUAUUGGACGUCAAGCCUUGGGAUGAUGAGACAGACAUGGCUAAGCUGGAGGAAUGUGUGAGGUCUGUUGUCGCUGACGGUCUACUUUGGGGUCAGUCUAAAUUGGUUCCUGUGGGUUAUGGUAUCCGGAAGCUACAGAUCCAGUGUGUUGUCGAGGACGACAAGGUCGGGACAGACCUGCUAGAGGAGGAGAUUACAAAGUUCGAGGACUUUGUCCAGAGUGUUGACGUAGCAGCUUUCAACAAGAUCUGAUUCCGACCUUCCUCUUCAUUGGGCCCGUCCCACGUGGCACUCCAUUCACUCUGUAGUGCUCUACCUUAAGCCCUAUGAGCUGUUCAAAGGUAGUGCACUAUAUAGAGAAUAGCGUGUCAUGUGGGACGUAGCCAUGUUCCCAGUCCGUCCCUUGCUGCUGUUUGUGUCACACGGUUAAUAAUAAAGAGCUUUUGGUGCACUUUAA